CGCUGCUUGUAGAGUAGGAGCACGUUCGCAGGGGCGCGGAGAGAUGUCGGUGCGGAGGACCACGCACCAGUUGAGCAGCGGGAUGAUCGUAUCUGGCCCUCCGGAGCCGCCGAAGGAGCGGGCGCCGUCGGUGGGGUCGACGGCGGUGCCAUACACCGGAGGGGAUGUCCUCAAGUCAGGCGAGCUAGGCAAGAUGUUGCACAUUCCCGCGGCGGGAGAUCCCGGCGUCGGACCGUCCAGGUUAGUGUACAAGUCUCACUCGUGGACGUUCGUACAUUCUUCCUCCGGAUCCUGCCCCGUGCCGACGAGGAAGACCUCCGGGCCGCUCGCCCAGAUCCCGCCCACAGGGCUAAUCACCUCAAGGCCCGCGCGUUCGUCCGGGGGGGAUACGGAUCAGUCUCCGGGGUCUGCAAGGGGGAAGAAGACUGAGGAUGGGUACGGCGGAGCGGUGACUGCGGUGGAGGAGGCAGCGUUUGCGUUCGGUUUGUCGCGGGGUUGGAGAUGGGCGCUGGUGGCGGUUUUUGUGGCGGGGUUUGCGGCGGGUGCAUUGGUGUUGGUAGCAGUGGGCAGGCUGGUGAUUCUGAUUGGGGUGGCAGCGGUGGCGGCACCGGUGGCGGUGGCGGCGGUGUGGAAUUGGGCGAGGGGAAGGGAGGAAGUGGAACGAUUUUGGCGGUUUUACCCGAAUACUUCUAUUGAUACUAGAAAUCUUCAAAUUGGGAAGUUGGUUAAAAUCACUGGGCAUGUCACUUGUGGAAGCAUCCCUCUUGAAUCAUCUUAUCAAAAUAUCCCCAGAUGUAUAUAUGCAUCCACUGAGCUGGACGAGUAUAGAGGAUGGAGUGGAUUUGCUACUACUGCUCUCAAGUGUUCCACAUGGAAACUCAAAUAUGCUGAGAGGCAUGUUGCAGAUUUCUAUAUAUCUGACCCAGAUAGUGGAACAAGGUUCCUUGUGAGAGCUGGAAAUGGAGCCAGAGUGACGACUUUUGUUAAGCCUACCACUAUUAUUGAAAUGAACAAGGAAAAUAAAGAUUUGUCUCCUGACUUUAUAAGUUGGCUGACAAAACGCAAUCUUCCAAGUGAUGAUCGCAUAAUGCACCUUAAAGAAGGGUACAUCAAGGAAGGCAACACCGCAAGCAUUAUCGGUAUCCUUUGGAAGCAUGAAAAUCUAAUCAUCAUCGAUCCACCUCCGGAUGUCGUAUCAACUGGCUGUCUGUGGAGAAGAUUCUUCUUUCCAUUGUCAGUUGAGGGCCUUAUCCUAAUAGGUGAUGCUCAUCCAGAUGAAGUGGUAUAUCAGGUGUAAAUAUUGUAUAGCUGUUUCAUAAUACAUCCUCUCGCAUCAAUAGCCAAAGAAGAGACCCAUUGUGACUUCUUUUCCAAAUGUACCUUGUUUGUAGAGUCGAGAAUAAAGUUUGGUAGUGUUCUACAUUUUUUUUUUUUUUACAGUUUUAGUAGUUUUUUUUGGUAUUGAAUUCAAGUUGAUAUUGUCAUGUGUAUUAGAGUUAAGAACUGAAUGAAUUCUGAGAACUGUAAUAGCUGGUUUUAGCUAAUUCUAACUAGCAAUAAUGCUUCAUAAGUAGCAAGGUUUUCAAAUCAAGAUUGGAUCAACUGAUCAAAUGGGAAAUCAUGAAGAGUUCUGGCUCAGUCGGAAAAACGUGGUCUGACGGUUGAUUGUAUCCUGAUCAGAACAUACAAUUUUUAUGGAGAAAUUACGUUUUCGGUUA